AUGCUUCUGGGUUCUUUAGAUAAGCACUCCACCUCCUGCGGUUUCCUUCACCCCAUAUCCCCAAAUCUGCCACCAUUUUCCACUCUCGAUGUGUACUCCAUCUUCUCCACCGCUCGCCUUCUUCGCUGGUUCCCCUUAACCCGAUCCGUUUCCCUUAUCUACCUCCAUCGCGUCCCUUCUAUCACUGAUCGUUAUGCCAUUCGCUUAGGGUCGAUGUCCGACUUCCGAUGGAUGUCUAGGGCAAAGAAAGAAGUUGCUACAAGCACUUUGUUAGCUUACAAAUCUGUUCAGUCUCCAUUGAUAAAUUGGUAUUAUGGAAAGGCAGAUCAAGAUAGAAGUUUUCACUUAUAUGUGCAAAACAUGUCAGAGGGCUAUCUUUUCAAUAUCAAAGUUCUUUCAUAUUUGAUUUGUAGAGAUUAUGGCUCCAGUUUUUUCGAGGGAAGCUUGAUGGUAUGUGUAACGUAUGAUUCAGAUAACAGUGGCUUCUCCAAUAAUCUCACAUCUCCAAUCCCCGACAGAAAUUGGUUUAGCUUCAAAAUGGAGGGAUACGUCUUCGGUCUCCCUUUUAUCGAUUGGAACAUCACAAAAUUGUGUUCAAGAAAGGGGGAUAUAAGAACCAACAAUCUAAAACCAGAAGGACAACGUAGCAUUAGCCACCAUAGAGCACCCAAAACCCCUAUCAUUUCAUUGGCUAAACUGUCUUCAAUCAUCAGAAAAAUUGAUCAGAAUGCAUUCACUGUAAAGAAAUCAGGAAUCAUGGCUUUUUGUGAUCUGCAUUUCGUUGAAAUGAAAAAACUGCACAUCAACUACACUUACGGUGGUAACCAAUUGGAGGUGGAGGUUAAUGAUCUUCAAGAACUAAUAUUACCUCAGGAAAAACAGAAAAUGUGAAAAAAUAUUUACAUAUUUUUGAUUUCACUUCAGACUAAACUUGGUAAAAAAAUUAAGUUAUAUGUACAUGGGUAAAAAUAUAUGUUUUGGUAAAUUUUUAUAAUUUAAAAUAUUUCUUACGAAAUGGCAAAAACAGAAAAUGUGAAAAUAUUUACAUAUUUUUGAUUUCACUUCAGACUAAACUUGGUAAAAAAAUUAAGUUAUAUGUAUAUGGGUAAAAAUAGAUGUUUUGUUAAAUUUUUAUAAUUUAAAAUAUUUCUUACGAAAUGGCACCUAAUUUUGAAAAUUCUUACAAAACGGAACCCAAUUUUGAUAUUUCCUACAAAGGAGCUCUUUUAAAUUUUUGACAGACAAUAUCUGUUUUUAACAAAUUUUAUGCUUUUUGACAUUUCAUUUUGUUUUUUUUUUAUAGAUUAUGGAUUAUAUCAUCACUAUUCAAAACUUUCUAUUAGAGCGUAGCAGUUUUGAUCCGUUUCCAUGUCUUUAUGUUUGAUUUCCUUCAUCAAUGAUUUAUUUGUGCCACAUUUAGAUAGUAGAGCAAUCAACAAAAUCAACAUAUCCGUAACAAAAUUUGCGACCAAAAGAACAUUAUGUACUUAUAAAACAACAUAAGAGUUGUACAAAAAAGAGUGAGCAACUGUAUUUGAAGAUUCUGAUUUUUGAACUUGCAAAUCAACAUAAUCCUGUUGAUGAUGUUCAAUAGAAUAGUUACAGUACAAAAUGGGGGUAGUGUUGCUAUCAAAGUCAUCAAUGAUGCUGAUCAAAUGUUUGACCUUUCAGUUAUUUCAGAUGAAGGUUUGAGUUGCAACUAUUUCGGCAGGUGCAUUUACGUGUCGCGUAUAAGAUUUGGACACGUCGCGUAAUGCAAUUAUUGGUAUUCUCUACGCG